CUAUAAAAGCCUCAGCGCCGGGCCCGUGUCUCUCUUUCGCACGCUUCUUCACUGUCGGCAGCAGCAGCAAUGGGUUUCGGAGAUCUCAAGUCCGCCGCUGGCCUGAAGGUCCUCAACGAGUUUCUGGCCGACAAGAGCUACAUCGAGGGGUAUGUGCCCUCCCAGGCUGACAUAGCGGUCUUUGAAGCCCUGUCUGGUGCUCCCCCUGCUGACCUAUUUCAUGCACUUCGCUGGUACAACCACAUCAAAUCUUAUGAAAAGCAGAAGUCCAGCCUACCCGGAGUGAAGAAGCCCUUAGGAAAAUACGGCCCAGUGAACAUUGAAGACACAACUGACUCGAAGAAUGCCAAAGAAGAUGACGAUGACGACAUUGACUUAUUCGGAUCAGAUGAGGAGGAGGAAAGCGAAGCAGCAAAGAAACUCAAAGAGGAGCGAUUGGCACAGUAUGAAUCCAAGAAAUCCAAAAAACCAGCACUCAUUGCUAAGUCUUCUAUCCUGCUUGACGUGAAGCCCUGGGAUGAUGAAACUGAUAUGGCAAAGCUAGAAGAAUGUGUCAGAAGCAUCCAGAUGGAUGGCUUGCUGUGGGGAGCAUCCAAGCUUGUUCCAGUUGGGUACGGCAUCAAGAAGUUGCAAAUACAGUGUGUUGUGGAAGACGACAAGGUUGGAACAGAUGUCCUAGAGGAGAAGAUCACAGCAUUUGAGGACUUUGUACAGUCCAUGGAUGUUGCAGCUUUCAACAAGAUCUAAUACCACAGCUAUUUACUACAUUAGGCACUUAAUAAAUUCCUUGCUUGUAA